AUGUCCGUGAAUCUGGGAAGCCUGCCAGCCGAAGUCUUGGUUGAAAUCUUCUCACGAGCUGAUUGGAAUACGAUCACCAAUGCCAUGGAAGUCAGCAACCGUUGGAGAUCGAUCAUCACCGACAACCUGUUUUCCAUGGAGUAAACUUUCUAUCUGAUUCAAGGAAGCUAGAUAGAAAAUCAGGUACAAGCCGGUGGACACUGUGAAGGUUAUUCGCUUGCAAGAAGGAACUUUCAUUUCGGUCGUGGUGAUGGAAACUCCAGACCAGAGAAAGCAGGUCUUCUUGCUCGAAAUUAGGCGAUUUUCAAUGCUUCACUGUUUCAGAAGGUAGCCUUUAUGAACUCGGAGGCUGAUGUCUUCCGAAAAGUCAGCCGCUAUGGGCCCGAAACACUGGAAGUGCACAACUACACGGAACACAUUCCAAAUUGGUACUACUCGGAAGUUUUGAAUGUCGGUUUUGGUAUUUUUCAGCGAAAUCAAUAAUUUUUACAGCUCAAUCUUUGCUUCAACCGUCCGACUAAUCUGCUGAACUACCUGGUGCACGCCAACUCUCUGCAAUCGCUCGAGAUCUCUGGCGAGUUCAAACUCUCUUCGUUUGCUGAUCUCUUCGACAACAAGUUCACUCCGAUUAUCAGGUUAUUUUUUCGAAUUAGAGACCGCUUCGAAGGACUGUUAAAGUUCUCAUAGAAGAUGCCGUUUUGCGUGAGCAGUUUUUUGUCUGGCGCGCUGAAAAGCUCUCAAUGAGCGAAUACAAUGUAGCCGCCUGGCGACCGCGACGCAUUGAGCUUCACUAACGAUACAAUUUUUCAUGCAUUUAACAAAACUCCGAACUUUUUCAGCAUCUACGGUGGAGGAGCCAACAAACUCAAUCUCACGACUCUCGACUUGCAAGUCCUAGCGAUCAAGUCGCGCUCGGGUCCGCUGAAACGCGUGGAGAUCCAGAAAGUCGACUCCGACUACACUUUCUACGAUUUCAAGAUGUUCAUGAAGGUCAGAUGUCUUCUGAAAACUGUCCUUAUAAAAACUUGCUAUAAAUUUUCAGGAGACGUUGUUCAGAAGAAACGCGACGAUUCGUCUCAGAGUCAUGCCGUCAAACGCGGAUGAGUUCGUCGAGUGGCUCAAGGACAACGUCAAGACCGACGACUACACUGCCAACAGGGAGCACGAGCACCAGUUCGAGUACCGCGAAACCGAGUUCUAUCUCAAAUUCAAGCAAUUCAAAUAUUGA